AUGGCAGUCGACAUGGACAUCAAAGAGCUUUUGGUCAUAGCGGAUUCUAAUCUAUUGAUACACCAUGUCCAAGGGGAGUGGUCCACUAAGAACGUCAAGAUCCUUCCGUACCUGCACUGUGUAAAAGAGUUAUGCAAUAAGUUCACAAAUAUUGAGUUCAAGCAUGUUCCCAAGAUCCAAAACGACUUUGCUGAUGCUCUUACAACCCUGUCAUCCAUGAUUCAGCAUCCAUAUAAGAAUUAUAUCGUCCUUAUCGAGGUAGAGAUCAAAGAUCAACAUGCAUAUUGUUUUCAUGUAGACGAAGAUCCAGAAGGUAAACCAUGGUACCACGACAUCAAAAGAUUCCUCGAAACAAGAGAAUACUCGGAGAGUGCUACUAAUAGUCAGAAGCGAGCGCUCAGGAAGUUGGCAAAUCACUUUUUCCUUCACGAGGAAGUCCCCACCUGA